GAUAUUUAGUCGAAAUACACUGACGUUUCGCUGAGCGCCAUCUUUAGAAAUUAGUGAAGGAGAAACAAACUGGCUUUACUUCGCCGUAUUUUUUAGGCUUCUGAGAGCAGCUGAGAGGGUGAUUAUGAAAAAAUAACGGAGCAGCAGUGUGAUUAAAUCAUGGGGGUGAAAGUACAACGGCCACGCUGUUUUUUUGAUAUAGCCAUCAACAAUGUUCCAGCUGGCAGAGUUGUGUUUGAAUUGUUCUCAGAAGUAUGUCCCAAAACAUGUGAAAACUUUCGCUGCCUCUGUACAGGUGAAAAAGGCUUGGGGAAAGGUACACAGAAGCCUUUACAUUACAAAGGCUGCCUCUUUCAUAGAGUUGUAAAGGAUUUCAUGAUUCAGGGAGGAGACUUCAGUGAAGGAAAUGGAAGAGGAGGGGAAUCAAUUUAUGGAGGCUUUUUUGAAGACGAAAGCUUCUCUAUAAAACACAACAAAGAGUAUCUGCUAUCUAUGGCCAAUCGAGGCAAGGACACAAAUGGAUCACAGUUUUUUAUAACAACAAAACCUACACCUCACUUAGAUGGAGUUCAUGUGGUAUUUGGUCAAGUGAUAUCUGGCCAGGAGGUGAUCAGAGACAUAGAAAACCAAAAAACAGAUGCAAGCAGUCGACCAUAUGCAGAAGUAAAAGUCAUAAACUGUGGUGAACUUCAGAAAUGUAAAGUUAAAAAAGAUGAAAAGAAAAGGAAGAAGUCCUCCUCAAGUGACUCGGAAAGCUCCAGUAAUUCAAGCUCGUCUUCAGAGUCAUCAUCUGAAUCAGAUAGUGAAUCGGAAAAGGAGACUAAAAAGAAAAAGAAACACAAGAAAGAGUCGAAAAAGCGAAAAAAAGCAAAAAAAUUAAAAAAGAAAGAAAAGAAAAGCUCUCCAGAGGCGAGUGAUAAUGAAAAAAAUCAAACGCAGCCCGUCUCCAGUGUCCGUCCCGAGGAGAUCCCACCUAUUCCAGAAAAUCGUUUCCUUAUGAGGAGAAGCCCACAAAUAAAAGAAGAGAAGCCUCCAGAAAAAGAAAAGGAAAGAGAAAGGGAGAGAGAAAGCAAUAUUUCCAACUCCCAACAAACCUCAUAUCCUAGGAGGCUUCUAGUCACACGAUCUGGGAGAAAAAUCAAAGGAAGAGGCCCCAGACGCUACCGUACGCCGUCAAGGUCCAGGUCAAGAUCAAGGGAUCGUUUUCGACGGAGUGAAACUCCACCCCAUUGGAGACAAGAGAUGCAACGAGCUCAAAGGAUGAGGGCACCAAGUGGUGAACGGUGGAUAAAAGGAGACAAAAGUGAACUUAUGGAAAGCAAUAAGAAGGAAAUGGCAAAACCUCAAUCAAGGAGCAGAGAUCAGAAGAUAUCAGAGAGCAAACAAGAAACUGCUGAGUCUCCUAGCAAAAGCAGAGAGAGGGAAAAGCGAGUCCGGUCACGGAAAUCUAGAAGCAGAGACAAGGAAACAAGGAAGAAUACAGAUAAAGAAGAAAAACAUGAUAAACACAAAUCUAAAAAGAGGGGUGAUUCAAGAAGUCGGAGUAAAAGCAAAGAAAAGAGACCAAAGUCAAGAAGUAAAGAGAGGGAACAAAAACGUGGUAAAGGAGAUGAGAAGAGGGGCCGGUCUAGGAGCAGAGACAAAAAUCCAACUAAAGUAAAAGAGAGAGAGAAAAACAGCGAGAGUAGCACAAAAGAAAGAGAAAGGAGUAAGAGUAAAGACCGAACAAAACGUGCAAGAUCUGCAAGCAAAGAGAAAAAUGAAAGUAAAAGCAAAGACCGAGAGAAGCGGGCAAAAUCAAGAAGCCGGGAGAGAGGAGACAACAAAGACAAGGUUGGUCGUGCAAGCAGUAGAAACCGAGAGAGGGGAAAACGAGGUGAUUCAGGGAGCAAGGACCGAGACGACAGCAAAAGCAAAAACCACCAGCGGCAUCGGGAUAAAGAUUCAAAGAGGGGACGGUCUCGGAGUAGGGAGAGAAGGCAGAGUCCGCAAAAAAGUAAAAGUCGAGACUCCAGAAGGCAUGACAGACAAAAGAGCACAGAGCGAGAAAGAAGCCAGAGCCGUGAGAAAGAUAGAAAUCCAAAUAAAGAGAGUUCUCAUCAUAAAAAGAACCGACACAAUGAAGAGACAUCUCGGAAAAAGCGAGCAGACAGUAGUAGCAGUUCUGAUAGUGAAGAUGAAAGGAAGUCAAAAAACAAGGGGAACAGAAGGAGCCGAAGUACAAGCUUAAAGAAAAACGAGAGUAGUAAAGAUAGGGAAUCCUCUCUCCAUAACAGUCUGGAAAAAGAGAAGAAAAAGUCAUCCAGUGAGGAGAGAAAUCAAAAAUCUAAAAGCCAAGAGAGAGAGAGGAAUCACAAUAAAGAGAAACGCAGAGAGUCAAACCACAAUACGGAUGAAAGCGAAUAAAGAACUGCAUUUUACAGACCUGGGCUGCCAAGAGGGUUGGAGGCACAAUGGAGAAAUGUCCCUUUUUAUACACUUCAGUUGGCUCUUUGACAAUCUGCAGCCUGGAAUCUUUGUACUACUGAGGUUUUAAUAAAUUUCUAAAGUGACAUGGAAAUGGUUUUAGUCUUUUGGUAUGGUUCCAUAGUUCGGAUUUAGCUUUACAUGGUUGUAAAUUGCAUUUUGAUUUGAAAAUGUACCGAAAAACUGUUACUGAAGAGCCAUUUGUUUGUUUUGGGUUUUGGGGAACGUACAGGAUUUUUGUGGGCAAGGGGAAGAAAUUUAAAAUACAUGAUUCUCCAGUUAACGUGCCUUUGUGUAUUAUGGGGGGAGGUGCACAUUUUAAAUGUUGUUGUAAAUACUGUAGGGGGGAACUGAUAGACCAGAGCUGUUGAAUUCACCCACUCUUUCAUAUUCUUUCUUUCUGCUCAAAUAUGUUGGAUGCAGGAUAUGAUUUUUUUUCUUUUGAGUUUCAUUGUUUGCAGAUUUUCUUUAUUUUUUUCCCUACUAUGCAUGAUACUAUGCUGCUUUUGUGUUUUCUUUUUAUAAUGGACGUUUAGUCCGAGCCAUGUGUGUACUUUAGCAUGACUAAGUCAAAAGCAUCACAUUUAUUAUCCGCAAAAAAUGUUCUGGGAAUCAUUUUUAAAAGACAAACGCAAACUCGGUUUGAGGGGGGAAAAAAUGCAGUGGACAGGGUCAAAGGAGAUAAGUAGUAUAAAUUAUGAUUGUACUUUUUAUUUUUUUUUUUGUGUUGUUCAGGAUAUGCCCCCAAAUCCAUUUAUUCCGUUGAUGUUAUUAGACUUUAACUACAGAAAUGACUGUGAGAUGCUAGGAAUCGUAAACAUGUCUUUUGUUUGAAGAGCUUUAAAAAUGAUAUGCAUAUUUUGGGUGAGGCGUCUGUGGGAAAAUUUGUAUAUUCUUGUUUUUAAAAGAAAAUGGAAGCUCUGUAUCUUGUUUUCUUUAUAGUUCAUUGCUGUCAAGGAUGAAUGGGGAGGGAUGUGGGCCCAAUCCUGUAUUCUUUUUGUGUGGGCUUUUUUCCCCAGUGUAUUUAAACUGGUUGUCUCUUUAGUUUUUGGUGAUUGUUAAUAUUUUGAUUUAGACUGUAAGCAUCUGGUCUCUGACAUUAUAGGACUAUCAAGCCUGAUUUCUUGUCCGUAAGACAUCUCUCCCCCCCCCACCCCCUUUUUUUUUGCUUCUCUCUUCUUCUUCCACAAAUGUUAUAUACCAUUGAUGUUUUAUGCAGACCUUUCCUUUUGAUACAUUUCCAUUCCAGAUGUGCAGAAUAGUGUCUUUGAGCCUUGGAUUUAGCAAGGACAUGUCCUCUGUUUCCUUCCCAUCCUUUUUUUCAUAACAGACCGUACUCUUCUGAAUAAAGAAAUCUUUCCAUGUAA